AUGUCUUCAACUCGCGCCAAGAACGCCAAGAACCCAGCCGCUACGGCCCUUGGAGGCAAGGUGUUGCGCCAGUGGAGACCUAAUGUUGCCGGACCGGAGCUGCUGGUCACGCAGGGCGACCUCACGAGCUGCAGGGCCGACGCAGUCGUCAACGCCGCCAACACGCGCCUCCAGCAUGGCGGGGGUCUGGCUGGCGCUAUUGUACGCAAGGGUGGGGUCUCCAUACUGGAGGAGAGCGACAAGUGGAUUAAUAGUCACGGACCUCUGAAGGUCGGGGACGCCGUCGCCACCAGCGCCGGAAAGUUGCCGUGCCGGCACGUGAUCCACACGGUCGGGCCCAAUGUCGGCAGUGCAAAGCCGACUGCCGAGCACUCGGCCCAGUUGAGACGCGCAGUGUGGAGCGCGUUAAUGGAGGCCGACCGACUCGAGGCCAAGGCGGUGGCGGUGCCGGGCAUCUCCACCGGCAUCUUCGGGUACCCGCGGGACCUCGGCGCGCUGGAAAUUGUGCGCGAGUCUGUACGCUUUUGCACGGAGAAAGGAGGGGAGACGACAGUGGAGCGUAUUGCAUUGAUGAACAUCGACGACCCAACGGUCGCGAGUUUCGUGAUGGCAGUAGAUGGCGCUAGGAAGCAACGAGAAGAUGCAGACGGAAGACGACAACAUUUGUGA